UUUUGAAUGUCAAUGUAAUGAAAUGAUUAAAAUAACCGUUUGUCGUUGAAAGUUAGCGAUUAAAGGGUCACUCAUACAAAUACUAACAAUAUAUGUGCGGCAAGUCAAACUUUGAACUAUGUCGUUUGUUACUUUUGUGAAACGGCAGGUAGACUCCAGCAGUUAUUUUUAUUGUUGCCAUAUCGAAGAAGUAGUUGCACACAGCAGUAAGCUAAAUUAACGCUAGCAAAAACAGUAAGCUUGUAGCCAUAUCUAGUGAGUUGCAAAGUUAAAAGUUUUAAAUCCAAGUAUAAAGGAAUCUUGUAUGAAGCAACCGCUUGUGUACUGCCCUAACAGAUAAUUUAGCGGUGCUAACAGUUAAGAAGCUCAGUUUGUAACGUUCACCUCCUGCCGUCGACAUGAACUCGUAUCACGUUUUGGAGCUGGUGGGAGAGGGCUCGUUUGGUCGAGUUUACAAGGGGAGGAAAAGAUUUACUGGCCAGGUGGUGGCUCUGAAGUUCAUGCCAAAGGUGGGUCGUUCUGAAAAGGAGCUACGAAGUCUCAAGAGGGAGAUUGAGAUUAUGAGAGGUCUCCAACAUCCAAACAUUGUCCAGCUCUUUGACAGCUUUGAGACUGAAACUGAGGUUGUGGUUGUAACUGAAUAUGCAGAGGGCCAGUUGUUCCAGAUUCUUGAGGAUGAUGGGAAUUUACCAGAAAGCCAGGUCCGCGAGAUUGCCUGCCAGCUGGUCUCAGCUCUGUAUUAUUUACACUCCCAUCGCAUUCUUCAUCGUGACAUGAAACCACAAAAUAUACUCUUGGGGAAAAGUGGGGUGGUUAAACUGUGUGACUUUGGGUUUGCCAGGGCCAUGAGCGUCUCCACCUUGGUGCUGACUUCUAUCAAGGGAACACCACUGUACAUGUCUCCUGAGUUGGUGGAGGAAAAGCCAUAUGACCACACUGCUGAUCUCUGGUCUUUAGGCUGCAUCCUGUAUGAGCUCCACACGGGGGCGCCUCCGUUUUACACUAACUCCAUCUUCCACCUGGUUCAACUCAUUGUCAGAGACCAAGUAAAAUGGCCAGACACAAUGAGCGACACUUGCACGAGUUUCCUGAAAGGUUUGUUGACCAAAGACCCUCAGAAGCGGUUGUCAUGGCCAGAACUCCUGCACCAUCCUUUUGUUGCUGAUGGUGUUCUAGUGCUGUCAGACACAAAUGUUUUCAGCCCUCUGACAGUCACACCCAGCCCAGACAUGCUGGUGCUGAAACUUCAGCAAGUGGCAGCGAAGACGGUACCAAAUUCUGGAGAGAGUAGAUUACUGCGAAAGGCCAGGGAACAGAGGGACAACAGCAGCAGAGGGAAACCAAAAAAAAAGGAUGGAGUGGGAAAUGAUAGGGCCAACUUUGCAGCAACACCCCCCAGAGCCAAGCCCCAAUCCAGCGAUGGCUCUGUUACCUCGGGUCACUCAGUCAUGGCAGCUGCCAGUCAAAUCCUCAGCCCAAAGAUUCAAGCCUGCGUGAGGUCAAAACACAGGGGUCAGAUCAGCAAAGACUAUGAACAGGAAUUCCCCUCUGUCGAGGUUGGCGCGCAACUGGUGUGGAGAUGCAAUGAAGACAGACAGACCACACUGCACAGGCAGUAUGUUGACAGUGAGGAGUACUGGGAGAAACUGGCCCUCGAAUCAGAUCCAAGCAAGCAGCAGAAAGAACUAUUAAACUACAGUGCCAUUAUACCUCAACUUAAAUCCAAGAUUCUGUCUUUUAAAGCUCAGCUAACAGGUGGCGCUGUUAAAGAGGCAUGGCAGAUUCAGCAACCACUGAAGGUCUUAUGCAACCUGAUUCUCACCUCUGACCUUGAGAAGUCGUACCGCAUCGGCCGUGAAGUUGGACUACCCCAUGUCCUCUUUGACCUGGUCAAUGAUACUGUAGAAAACUCAAAUUUCAUCAAGCAACCAGCGCUUAAAGAAAUUAUAGUAUUGCUCUUGAUCUACUGCAAUAAACAUCAUGACUGGAUGGAAGAAGACCAUAGACUGGAAGAGUUCACCAAGCCCUUCAUCACAAUUCUUAGUCGACCAGACCUCAUUCUUUGGGCCCCUUUGGCUGCCUCUGCUUUGUCUCUGUUAGCACAACACGAUGUCGAUGUCGAAGUUGAUAUGAACAAUCUAACCUUCUUGCUGAAAAAUCUGCUUUUGGACUCACAUGAGCCCCAACUUUCUCUUCCUUCCGGCUUGGGACUCUGUGAUGGCCUACUGUAUUUACUUCUACACAUGCUCUCUGAGCAUGAAAAUGGCUCUUCAUGUUUAGAUCCAGUUAUGUUUCUGGAUUUGUGGAAACAAAUUGGAACUUCACUAGCAAAGACAUCAGCAGACACCAACCUCUGUUCGGCAAAUGGGCUGUAUUCCUUCCUGUCUGCUGCGCUGUUUGUCUUCACCAAGGAUCCAUACUCAUGCAUUCCUCUGUUUUCUGAGAGUGAAUCGAAAUGUGUACACACCCUGAGCCGGCUGCUGGGCACUGACUGUCUUCAUUUGUUUGUUGAAGGCAGUCCUGGGGGAAUUGAGGUGAAUAUGAGCCAUGACAGCCUGUCCGUGUUGAGCUGCAAACUGCUGUGCUUUCCAUUUGCCCUGGACCUGCCUUUACACACCAUGUCAACGAUUCUUCAUUUGUAUGACAGUUGUGGUAUUGUCAAAAGCCUCCUGCAGGUAAUUCAAACUCUCCCUCUUCCAUUUCUGGAGCUGCCUCUCUCCCUGCUGAGCCGUUUGCUCCUGUGUGACCCCGAGCACUCUGUUUCCGGCCUCAGAAAAGCUGCUUGUGGUUUUUUCGCUCCACCCAGGGACAGCCAGCUCACUGCCUCCAAAAACCAGACUCUGCUAACCAGAACUGCCAGCUCUCUGCUCUUUGACUUGCUGCAGCUGGAUGUGCUGUGGGACUCUGCCGUGGAGUUCCUUACUCUGUUGUCCCAAGUAGCCCAUUGUUCCGCUCGGCCUGCCUGCCUUCAGCUUCACCUGGAAGCCUCAGUGCUGCACCAGGCACUGGCUCACUCUAAAGACCAGAUCAGGGCAACUACAUGCAGACUUUUGGGAAAUCUGGAUCCAUUCAGGUCUCCCAAGCUGCAGCCUGACAUUUUCAAAAGCAUGAUAGGCUGUCUUCAUGAUUCCUGCCUGCCUGUCCGGCGAAUGGCUUGCAGGGCAGUUGGGAACUGGUUGGGAUAUAUCGCAGCAGGGGGAGGGUUUAAAAUGGGCAAGUCCAACGGAAAGGGCAGUGACACUACAGAGUGGGGCAAGGAGAAGGAACAAAACAAACACAAGUGUUCACACAGUGAGACAACAGGAGAUUUGGCUACUGUGGUAGAACGGGGAAUGGACGAUGAGGAGGGGAGCAGGUGGAUGGAGGAAGCCAGGAAGACAGCAGCCAUGCUGGCGUCUCUGACCACUGACCCCGAUGCCCUCACACGUCGUCACUGUUGUGCAGCCCUGGGAAACCUGGUAAAUGUCGAUGGCGCUGUAUCCUUGUUGUUGCAGGAGGACGUGUCCAUCUUACUUCUGAGAGCUGCAUGCAUGGAUUCCCAUAAUACAGUGAGACAAGCCGCCAUAGCAACCCUGUGCCUGUACAGCGAGCAGGACGCAAUACGUCAGGUCCUGAUAGGCCUCAAUGCCAGUAAGAAGCUUCUUCAGGCUUCACAACAUGCACCUCCACAAUGUGACUAUCAUCAGCUCAUUGGACGGCUGUAAGUGAGUCCAGUUCAUGAUGAAAUACUCCCUCCUUACCACACAGUACUACUUCCUCCUGCCUUGAGGAAUGUGAUAGAGGAGGACAGAUCAUUUUCUUUAAAACGAUGAAUUUAACCCAAUACAUAGAAUUAUAAU